CCUCCUCCCAACAACGCACCACAACCCAUUGCGGCUUCACUGCACUUCAGCAACCCUCCUCCCUCUCUCUCCAUCCUCCCGAGCAUCACACGAAGAGGCCCCCUCCUUUCCGCCAUCAGUCUCCCUGCUUCUCCCUUCGCCUCUCUGUCCGCGACUUCCGCUCCUCCCGAGCCGUUUCCGCCAGUUUCUCCCGGCCUCGCUCCCGCACUAGUGUCAUCGGGUCCCGACACACGACCACAACUCAUCACCACCUCGUCCUACUCCUCCCGCCGCCCACCGCCCUCUCCAAGGCUCCCAGCGACGCUGCUCCUCGCCACGGACCCCAAGCCUCACACGUUGGCCCACAUCAUCUUCCUUUCCCUCCCCAUUGAUACCCCUUUGUCGACGCGUUCGUGCGCCCUUCUUUGUUCGCAUCUGCUUCCUGUUGCGCAUCCCCCCACGCUCCUUCGACCUAGCCCAGUUUCUCCGACAACGACAAAAUGGCCACCAACGGCAGCUUCAUCCAGCAGGAGCAGUACAAGGCCCAGGCCGAGCAGUAUCCCGCUACGGCUACCCCGGGUGAUGCUGCCGCCAACGCCGCGGGAAACAGCAACCUCUCCAAGGAUGAGGUUGGCUGGUACUUUGUCGAGCAGUACUACACCACCCUGAGCAAGUCGCCCGAGAAGCUUCACCUUUUCUACGGCAAACGCUCCCAAUUCGUGUACGGUCUCGAGGCCGAGUUAGCCAACGUUUCCGUCGGCCGCCAGGCCAUCCAGGAGCGCAUCAAGCAGCUCGAUUUCCACGACUGCAAAGUUCGCGUCUCCAACGUCGACUCGCAGGCGUCCUUCGAGAAUAUUGUCAUCCAGGUCAUUGGUGAGACCUCCAACAAAGCUGCCGAGCCCAAGAAGUUUGUGCAGACCUUUGUUCUGGCCCAACAGCCCUCGGGCUACUUUGUGCUCAACGAUAUACUGAGGUAUAUCAAUGAGGACAUCGAGGAGGAGGCUACCGAGCCCGUCGUUGAGGCGCCUGCGGCCGAGCCUGCCGCUGAGCCUGCUGUUGCCCCUGUGGCUGAGCCUGAGCCCGAGAAGGAGGCCACCAAGGAGGAGGCCGCUGACCUCGAUGCUGCUGUCGUUGACCUGAAGCUCGAGGAGGCGACCAAGACCGACGUCACCGUCAACGGCGGCGACGUUGCUGAGGAGGAGGCUCCCGAGUCCAAGGUCGAGGCCGUCCCGGCCGCCGACGCCGACGCUGCGGCGCGUGAGCUUGCCGAGGAGGACGCCAAGGAGGUCGAGACCCCCCAUGAGCCGAGCCCGACUCCAGUCUCGAAGCCUGUUGCGCCUCCGGCCGAGCCCGCUCCCCCCGCUGAGCCCGCCGCGCCCCUCAAGCCCAUGACCUGGGCCAGCCGUGCCGCCGCUGCCGCUGGGCCUCGUCCCGUUGUUCCCCUCCCCAAGACCGCCACGCCUCCGGCUCAGACCCAGAGCCGAGCCCCUGCCCCGGCUGCUGCUCCGGCCGCCACCCCGGUCGCCCCCGCGCCCCAGCAGACCAUCGCCCCGGCGCCCGCCGCCGAGGCCGCUCCUGCGAAGGAGGCGUCUGGAUGGCAGACUGCUGGCGCUGACUCGAAGCGCCAGAACCGACCCCAGUCCAUCUCUGGCAACAUCGUCGAGAAGGAGGGUACGAUGGGUUACGUCAAGUAUGUGACGGAGAAGGUCCAGGAUGCGGACCUUCGCAGCGCCCUGGCCGCUCAUGGCGAGCUGACUUAUUUUGACAUCAACCGCCAGAAGAACUGCGCAUUCGUCGAGUAUAAGACGAUUGAGGGAUAUCAGGCCGCCGUCGCCUCCAACCCCCAUGUUGUCAAUGGCGAGAACAUCAUCGUCGAGCCGCGUCGCCCCAAGUCGACUGCUUAUGGCGGCAGCAGCUACGGAUCCGGACGGGGUAAUGCGUCGGGCCGCGGACGUGGUGGCUUCGACGGCCAGCGCGGCGGCGGACAGGGCUCGCGUGGUAACUACUCCGGCCAGAACCGCGGCCGUGGUGGCAUCGCCCGCACUCGCGGCGGCUCACAGGCGAACAAUGCCUAGGUGAAGCAUACAAGGCCUACAGCGCUCGUGAACUAGGCGGGCAUCAGUUGAGGAACGGGUGGGGCUGGUCGUCGGUGAGUCUCCCACCGUCAAGACGAGAGCUCUGGACAUGACGGGACGGCUACGCCCACACACCCCGGACGGCAGACGGCGGCAAAAGAUGAAGAGGGGCGGGGUAUCGGAGUUAUUUUUGAGCUGGGGCCGGAGCCAUGUUUGGAGCCGGCGCCAAGGUCGGGAUUGCAUCGGGUUUUGAUUCUCGGUCUUGUUUUCUCACUGCAUUGCGCUGCUUGAUGUGCAUUUGUUACGUGGGCUGGCGAGCCCCCCUGGAGUGUCGUCUGGGAGUCCCGUCUAGUCGAUGGCUGCGACGGCGCUCCUUAAUGAUAUCGCAGGGCAGAGUGAGGCAUGCGAUGGAGAGCAAAUAGGGGUAGGAUUCAAGGAUGGGGGAGACGUGUACAUUUCCUUACCGGGUAUGAGGGACGAUGUCGUCACGAAGAGAAGAAGCGACCAGUAGCAUUGGCACGGCGGGCAGCAGAGUCGAGGCUGCUUGUGCGUCAAUACCGGGCGUGAGAAGCUAUUGUUAGUUGGGAUUCCGUGCGCCUGUACGUUACUUUAUGGCGAGGGAGGGAAAAAGUCGGCGCCGGACGCGUGGGGGAAGACGGGGAGGAGGAGGAAGUAUGUAUAUCAGAUUGGUCGACCCCGACGACUGACCGCCAGGGCCUGUAAUUGAUGUACAGUACAUGCUACAGUACCAC